AUGGCCACCAUUCCCAAACUACUCCGUGCCAUCCGMACCACUCCAACCACAGCCGCCGUCGUCGUCCGCCGCAACAACUACACCACAGGACCAUUCAAAGACCCCUGGUCAUAUCCCGCCAGCGCACGAGAAUCACCCCAAUCCUUCCGCGAAGCAAAAGUAGAAUUCACUAUCCCUCCCACCAACAAAACUCCUUCACCAUCCCCCAUCCUAGCCGCUCUCACUACCACCACUCCAAAAGCUAAACCCGAGAAGAUGACUCUUUCCGAGAUCGAGAAGUCUCCUCAUCCUAUGACUUUGAAAGCUUCUGUCGGACCAGCGCAACAUAUUGAGUGGAACAGAUAUCCCUAUGAUUUUCUUUCGCAUCUUGAUGAGAAUGAAGUGUUUUGGGGAUUGCGGCCUGCUUUGUUUUUCCCCGUUUAUGUGAAGGAGGUGAAGGAGGUGUGGGAAGGGAAUACGGAAUACACUCUCCAUGGCCUGUAA